AACAGCGAGGAAGUGCAAGCUUAUAAACCCUUGGUGGGUUCAACGGAUUCAUGCUUAAACCCUAUCUCACUGCAUCGUUGAAGAAGCUAAAUGGAUUCGGCGAAUGGAACAACGGUGGUGGAGGAUCAACGGUUAACUGAAUGGCGCAUGCAUCGUGGCCCCUACCUCGGUGACAUCUCAGCUCUCUGUUUUCUUCACUUGCCCAAUCUCCCUCUUCCUCUUCUGCUCGCCGGUUUGGGUUCGGAGAUUACGGUGUACAAUUUAGAAUUGAGUAACAGAAUAAGAUCCUUCUCUGUAUUCGAAGGAGUUCGCGUCCAUGGAAUUGCUUCUAGUUUCCCUCAAGACACCGUGGUUGCUGUGUUUGGGGAGACGAGAGUGAAACUGCUUAGCUUCGCAUUUGAUAGCGUUUCCGCGAGCGCUGAGUUGACGCUCAUUCAUUUGUUGCCCAAGUUUGGUCACUGGGUUUUGGAUGUUUGCUUCCUCAAGGGAUGCUUACCUCGUUCCAAUGUGGAGAGUCAUUUUCUUGCUGUAGGAUGUAGCGACAAUUCAGUUCACAUUUGGGAUAUUCCUAACUCUAAUUUGGUUUUUAAGGUUCAAUCUCCAGUUCGGUGCCUUCUAUACUCAAUGCGAUUGUGGGGUCACAAUCUUGAAGCUCUCCAAAUUGCGUCUGGUACAAUAUUUAAUGAGAUUAUUGUUUGGAAAGUGGCCCCACAACACAAUAAAUCUUCAAGUCAUCAAGAAAACUGUGAUCAUCGGAGUAUUUCAUCCUCCAAUUGCUGCCAGCUAAAGGAUCAACUCUAUGAGGCUAUUCAUGUAUGUAAACUUAUUGGACAUGAAGGUUCGAUCAUCCGAAUAGUAUGGUCAUCUUGUGGAUCUAAACUGGUAUCUGUCUCUGAUGACCGGAGUGCACGGAUCUGGGCUGUUCCUAUUGAAUGGGAACAAUCGUUGAGACAUGAUCCCGUUGCCCUUGUCUUAUUUGGUCAUAAUGCUCGGGUUUGGGACUGCUGUAUUUCUGAUAAUUUGAUUGUCACUGUCAGUGAGGAUUGUACAUGUCGGAUAUGGGGAGUUGAUGGUAAACAACUGCAAGUCAUUAAGGAGCACAUUGGAAGGGGUAUAUGGCGAUGUUUGUACGACCCAAAUUCAUCACUUCUUAUAACGGCUGGGUUUGAUUCUGCUAUUAAAGUACAUCGACCUCAUACUUCUCUGUCCAUGGGCUUGGAAGAAGAACAAGAGUCCCCAGGUAGGACAGAGAUGUUUUCCAUCUGCAUCCCUAACAUGUUGGAGCAUAUUGGAUUUAUGGACAGCAAGAGUGAAUAUGUUCGAUGUAUGCGCUUUUCUUGUCAGGAUUCUCUUUAUGUUGCUACAAAUAAUGGUUAUCUCUACCAUGCCAAAUUAUGUGAUACUGGAGGUGCUCAGUGGAAUCAACUUGUCCAGGUCAGCAAUGGGGCGCCAAUUAUCUGUAUGGAUUUAUUGGCCAAGGGCUCUUUUGAUCUUGAUGGUGGUAAUGAGGAUUGGAUUGCUAUUGGAGAUGGUAAAGGAAAUAUGACAAUUGUUGCAGUUGCAGUUACUAACAAUGAUUGCACUCCAACAGUGAGAUUGUGUUUUUCUUGGCCAGCUGAAAUGGAGAGACAGCUCUUGGGUACUUAUUGGUGUAAAUCUCUGGGAUAUAGGUAUGUCUUCACAGCUGAUCCUAGAGGAACAUUGAAACUAUGGAGGUUGCCUGACCCUUCACAAUUUGAUCUUCAGAGCUCCACGAGGAGUAACAAUGUAUUGCGUAUAGCCGAGUUCAUAUCAAACUAUGGAAUACGGAUAAUGUGUUUGGAUGCAUGCAUGGAGGAAGAGGUUCUAGCAUGUGGAGAUGUACGUGGUAAUAUGGUUUUGUUCCCUUUGCUAAAGAAUCUGUUGCUGGGCAUAUCUGCUGCACAAGAAACGAAGAUACCUCCUGUAAAUCAUUUCAAAGGGGUUCAUGGGAUUUCAAGUGUCUCCAGUGUUUCUGUGACUAAGCUUGGUUAUAAUCAGAUUGAGAUAUGCUCAACUGGGGCAGAUGGUUGUAUAUGCUAUCUGGAAUAUGAUAAAGAAAUGCUGAAUUUGCAAUUUACGGGGAUGAAACAAGUGAAAGAAUUGUCUUUGAUUGAGUAUGUUUCUGUGGAUAACAACGGUGAUAGAUUGUCAAGCAGCUAUGCAGCUGGUUUUGCAUCAGUGGACUUCAUAAUAUGGAACUUAGUUAAUGAGAAUAAGGUGGUGAACAUUCCAUGUGGUGGAUGGCGGCGUCCUCAUUCCUAUCAUCUAGGUGAUAUACCAGAGAUGAAGAACUGCUUUGCCUUUGUCAAGGAUGAAAUGAUACAUAUACAUAGACAAUGGAUUCAUAAUAGAGAUGGGAAGAUAUACCCUCAAAGUUUGCACAUGCAGUUCCAUGGUAGAGAGAUACAUUCCUUGUGCUUUAUCUCUGAUGAUGUGCGUGUUAGAGAAAAUAACAAUUGCACCUUAUUUUCCAAAUUAAGUUGGAUUGCAACUGGAUGUGAAGAUGGAACUGUGAGGUUGACCCGGUACUCUCCAGGUACUGAAAAUUGGUCUAUGUCAAAACUGCUUGGUGAACAUGUUGGAGGAUCGGCUGUAAGAUCAAUUUGUUGUGUGUCAAAAGUACACACCAUUUCAUCAGAUACGAUUGAUGUACCUGAUGGGAGGAUUGAACUGAAUUCUGCUGUUGAGAACAAUGAUAAUCCAACAUUACUGAUAUCAGUGGGUGCAAAGCGUGUCUUAACUUCUUGGAUAUUAAAAAAUAGGAGGCUGGACAACAAAAAUGACUCCCUAACCGAUUAUCAGUAUAAUUCAGAAGGAGUUGAUGAUUGUUUUUUGUCAGGGUUGUCCUCAUCAAUGACGUUCCAGUGGCUUUCCACCGAUAUGCCAGCCAAAUAUUCAAUUACACAUGAUGCUACUAAAAAAAAUGUGGAGAAAAUAGUUGGUGUUGCUAAAAAUGUGUCUAAUACAAAUAAUGAUGCUAAAAUGGGAUCACUGAUUUCUGAAAGUGGAAUGACAGACUUGAUCAGAGAUAAACAUGAUGAUGACUGGAGAUAUCUUGCAGUCACUGCUUUUCUUGUUAAAUGUUCUGGUUCCAGGAUAUCUGUCUGCUUUGUUGUUGUUGCAUGUUCAGAUGCUACACUUAUGUUACGGGCUUUAAUUUUGCCUUUUCGCUUGUGGUUUGACGUUGCUUUACUGGUUCCUUUAUUGGCACCUGUUUUGACAUUGCAGCAUAUCAUCUUUCCCAUGUGUAAGCCUUAUAAAGAAAACAUCCCAGUUGGAAAUGUUUAUAUUGUGAUUAGUGGAUCUACUGAUGGAAGUAUUACUUUUUGGGACCUAACUGACAGUGUUGAAGCUUUUAUGCAGCGGGUUUCAGUUUGUAAUGAUGAAAAAAAAUUUGAUUGUCAAAAACGACCACGCACAGGGAGAGGUAGUCAGGGUGGCAGAAAGUGGAGAUCUUUAAGGAAUGACUUGUCAAAGAAAAGACAAGACAGCAGUCUGGUCACUUCGCAAGCCAAAGACAAGACCAAAAGCAUCAGCUAUGCUCCACACGGGAACUCUAACAUGCCAAAUGAUUCUGAAGACAGCAAGAUGGUUUGUUCUCAAUCUACACACACAGGUCCCCCGGAGUUACAAAGCACCCCGGAGUUACGAAGCAAGACUGAUAAUUCGUCAGUGGAAAUAUGUGAAAUACAGCCUCUAUGCCUUUUGCAAAAUAUUCACCAAUCUGGUGUCAACUGUCUCCAUGUUUCAGAGAUAAAGGCUGGGCAAAAUACUGGCAGUUGUCAUGUGUACAGCAUAGUUAGUGGGGGUGAUGAUCAAGCACUUCAUCAUCUCAUGGUGGAAUUAUCACCUAAAUCGAUAAAUUUAAAUGAUGGGAUUUUGAACCCAGACAUCACACAUUUGGUUUCUGUACCUGAAUAUGGAAAGGACGUCAAUUUUCAAAGUCAGAGCAAGAGUUAUAAGAUUAAAUUCUUAAAUUACGAAAAUUUUCCCUCUGCCCACAGCUCUUCUGUCAAAGGUGUCUGGACAGACGGAACUUGGGUGUUUUCAACUGGACUUGAUCAGCGGGUCAGGUGCUGGCAUCUUCAGCAGAGCAAACUAAUUGAGCAUUCAUAUCUAAUAGUUAGUGUGCCAGAGCCAGAAGCAUUAUCUGCCAGGGCUUGUGGCAGGAAUCAUUAUCAGAUUGCUGUUGCUGGAAGAGGGAUGCAAAUAAUCGAAUUUUCUGAAUUUUGAAACAAUAUUGAUGACUGGCGUAGAGACUGAAGCCAUUGUUGUAUUUUUAUUUUAUAUUUUUAUACAACACCCAUAAAAAUUAAUUUUUGGAUAUAUUGGAUAUAAUAGGUAAUAUCUUUAUCAAGAAUUCUCUAGAUAAGAAUAAAAACUUUUUUGUAAUA